AAGAAUUGUGUUUUACAUUGAAAUUGUCACAAAGGGAAAGCUAUUUAGCCAGUGUGCUUACGCUGUAUCAAAUACACUACAGAUUAAAACAAUCAAGGUUCUCCAGAGGAGCAGACUCUUAGGAUUAAAUUAGUUUAUGUUAAAAUAGUAACAGUGGUCUCCACUGAGAGUGCUUUGAACCUUGUAGUUAGUCAGUAUCAGAGAUUAUGCCACACAGUUGGCACUAUUCCCAUCAAUAUUAGGUGAAUGGUCUAGUAUCUAGCAUCACACUAAGUCAUUGGGCAUAUCAACACAUCAUACCUUCCCUAUGUAUUGGUAUGUUCCCAGCCUUGGGAAGGUAUGUCACAGUGGAAUUCAACCUACACUUUACAUUGAUUGAGCUCUACACUUUACAUAGAAACUUCCCAGGUUUGUCUUAAUUGACUUCCUGGCAGUUCUAGGACAUAAAUAUCUAUUGCAGUUAUAGAGGAGAAAACUAGGGUACAGCAAGGCUGGCUCAGUGAUUACCCUGAGGUCAUGCAACUAUGGAACGACAGUUGAAAUGUAAAUUCAUGUCUUCAUGAAUUGCCAAAACCUUUACUGAUGUGCUUGCCCUCAUCAUCUUUAGUUGCUCCCAGCAAAUUUGCUGUUCUCAUCUUUCCCUGAUGGGGAAAUCCCCAUGUUGUUCUUCUGCCAGCCUGCUCAUGGGUCAAAGCAAUAUUUAUUGGGAAGUUGUCACCCUCACUUCAUAUCAAAAAUGAGCAGUGCCAAAUGGGUAAAGAGCCUGCAAGAUAGCUGCUGAAUGUCAGCAGUGUCCAAACCAGAUAACUCUACUGAGAACUGAGUAUGCACAGUAAAUAACAAAAAGGAAGAACUGUAACAAGUUGAUAUCUUUCUGAAAUUUUGCAAAACCUGAGAAGCUAGCCUGUUUAAAACAGGAAGCUGUGUUUGUUUACUACCUGACUGGUGUAUGUGAUCGAACGUUAUCUUCCUUUAUCGUCAGUGAGACCUAAGCUACUACUGGACUCAUAAAGAGCUUAGCAAAAAUCACCAGAGAAAAGUGGAAUGGCAUUCUACAUAGAUGAAAUCAAUACUGUGGUUGAAAGCUUUGGGACCACACCCUAUGAAUAUGAGUGGGCAACGCCCUGUGAAAAAGUCAGCAUCAGACAGCUGGGGUCAUGGCUCCUGCCUCCACUGUACUCCCUGGUGUUCAUCAUUGGCCUCCUGGGCAACAUGGUGGUUGUGUUGAUCCUCAUAAAGUACAGGAAGCUCCAAAUUAUGACUAAUAUUUACCUGCUCAACUUGGCAAUUUCUGACCUGCUCUCUCUCUUCACCAUUCCAUUCUGGAUUCACUAUGUUGUGUGGAAUGAGUGGCGUUUUGGCCAUCACAUGUGUAAACUAAUCUCUGGGUUUUAUUACCUUGCCUUGUACAGCGAGAUAUUUUUCAUCAUCCUGCUGACGAUUGACAGGUACCUGGCCAUUGUCCAUGCUGUGUUUGCCCUUAGAGCCCGGACCGUGACUUUUGCCACCAUCACCAGCAUCAUCACCUGGGGACUGGCAGGGCUGGCAGCAUUACCUGAAUUUAUCUUCCAUGAGUCCCAAGACAGCUUUGGAGAGCCUUUCUGUGGACCUCGUUACCCAGAGGGUGAAGAAGACAGCUGGAAGCGUUUCCAUGCUCUGAGAAUGAAUAUUUUUGGUUUAGCUCUCCCUCUCCUCAUUAUGGUUAUCUGCUAUUCAGGAAUCAUUAAAACUCUGCUGAGAUGCCCCAAUAAAAAAAAGGACAAGGCCAUCCGGCUUAUUUUUGUUGUUAUGAUAGUCUUUUUUAUUUUUUGGACCCCAUACAACCUGGUUCUCCUUCUCUCUGCUUUUCACAGUACAUUUUUGGAGAACAGCUGUCAACAGAGCAAACACCUGGACCUGGCCAUGCAAGUGACUGAGGUGAUCGCCUACACCCAUUGCUGUAUCAACCCAAUCAUCUAUGCCUUUGUUGGUGAGAGGUUCCGGAAACACCUUCGGCUCUUUUUCCACAGACAUGUGGCAAUCUACCUGGGGAAAUACAUUCCAUUCCUUCCUGGUGAGAAAAUGGAAAGAACCAGUUCUGUUUCCCCAUCAACUGGGGAUCAAGAAAUCUCUGUGGUGUUUUAGUUGGGCAGAGAAAACUUGCCCACAUUAUAUGGACUGGCAGAUGAAGCAAACACACGAAGUCAAUCACAAUGACCUCUAGAUCAGUUAUUUGUGCUUUCCAUGCAGCACUGAUGAUCUCAAAGACCUUAAAAAACACACAUAAUGACUUCAGUGUAUCUUCAUGUACCCUGUGGUCAUUACUAGAGGUCAUGUACUGGCCAGUUGACAAUUCAAACAGGAAAACAAUAGCUUUUCUUGAGUCUUUGAAGAGUUACAUAUAUUCUGAUUCACUUAAAUGUUAAAUUCAGCACAACUAGAUAGGUUUUUUUUUUAAAAAAAAAAAUAUGUUAAACUUCUACUUCAGCGGUCUUUUGACAUCAGUGAAAUGUUUCACUAAAUGCAUUUAUUUCAUUUCCUAACAUAAGUAGUUUCUUUUUCUCUUGAUGAAUGGCUGUCUUUUUUCCUCUUAAUUAUUACUAUUACUUGUAUAUGGACAGUUACUCUUGCAGGAGACUGGAUGUCAUAUCUUGUUUAAUUAUUCUUAAAAGUCAAAUGAAUUCCUAUUCAUGUCAAGUUAUUGUAUUUUUCAUUAGUGAUUGAGAGCAUCCUGGAAAGAACACAUUGUCCUCCUAAAUGUCAAUUUCACAUGGGAGCCAUCUGUACUGAGGAGUCCAGGUGUGGUACUCUAGUUCAAUUUCUCUUAAACUUGACAUUAAAAGUACCUGAAGGACAUAUUGACCCAUGGAUAGAUGACACCUAUUGCAGAAGAAGAGUAGAAAUUUGGAGACAGGUAUCAAGAUUAACAGAUAAAUUAAAUUGAAAGAAAAAUCCUUUGCUACCUGACCAGAUAAAUUAAGUUGGAAAAAAAUCCUUUCCCAUCUGGCCUCACAUAUCAAAAAGAGCAUGUACAAGAAAAGCCCAUGAUAUUACACAGGAGAAAAUUGGUGCUAUGUAAAUAACCUGUGAAUGAUCAGAAUUUAUAUGGUACAGUGCUUAUGAGUGCCUUUCUUUUUUUUCCAGAUCAUUAGCCCCCUUUUAUAGAUCUCAGAAAUAUCUUUUUAACUUUCUUAAUAAACUGCCUCUAUUUCUAUCAUUAUCUAUACGUCCCUGGUCAGAUUCAUUAUUCUGGCACACAAGACCCUGGAAAUAUCAGGAGAUGCUCUCUGGAUUCAGAUAUGCACUUGUAACACCACCUCAGAGCUUAUUAUUCAUGUUUGAAGUGAGGCCUCAGCAUUGACAACAGGUUCCCAGGUGAUGGCCAUGAUAAUUGUUCCAAGAUCACACUUUUAGAAUUGUUGUAACUAUGAUACUUUCAAAGACUUGAUAGCUGAAACCAAGAAUUUCACAAGUGUUGUGGGAGGGAUAUAUGGGCCCUUUAGAUGUUUAUGAUAAUGUUUUAUGCCAUUAUGGUCAGUCUAUAAGAUUUUGCUAGUCCAUCUAAAACCCAUUAGUGUAGUAGGAACUUAUAGUAUAUCAGUUUUAUUCAGUUGAGCUUUUCUUGAGUGUCUUUAUUUAGUACCCUGAACUAGAAGCAGUGAGAGACACAAAGAUGAAUGAGGAAGAAAAACAGAGUGUAUAUGACUCAGAUCUCUUUCUCUCAUUACUUUUCUUUUCCCUGUUUAUAGUUUCUUGGAGGAGUAAGUUCUAUGCUUUUUCUGAAUUGUAUUUGUAGUAUGGCACUUUUCUUCUGGGUAUAACAUGAUCAUUUCAUGGUUAUUCGAAAAUAGGGUUUACCUUUGUCUAGUAGCCAUGGCAAGUAUUUCAGCAGAACAAUAUAGAAGUAGAUUGGUCAAUAAUGAUGCUAUUAGAGCUACUGAUACUUCAUAGUAGGAAGGAAUCUAGGGUCACAGGACCCUCAUCUUGGAUUCCAACCAUUAAUCUCUCCUGCCUCAACUUACACAUGAUCUUGGGAGAUGCUAAAGAUAUGUAUAAGAAUGGAGUUUCCAUGAGAUCAUCAUCCAUGAUGGGAUGAAAUUUUGUGAUAACAUAGCUGUUUGGGGUAACUCUCACUCUUUUAAGUAUCCUCUCAAUAAUGCUCUGUAGUAGGCUCAAUAAACUCAUUGGUUUGCUAAGUUGAACUUUGGUGGAAUAAUUGCUUUGGUUUAUCAUUUGGUCCCUAUCUGUGGUAACUACACAUUUGUUCAAGAAAAGUUAGUGCAACAAUUUGUCAUUUUCUAAUAAAGAUGUAGACAAUGUGA